AAGCGAAUCGAAUUGUUUGCCAGCGUUGCAUCAUGGGACGGGGCCGACUGUUGCGUGUUCUCUUUUUACAGAUGUAUCCUUAAAGCAGCGCGUAUGUUGAGUAGAGCUCCCUAGAGAUGUUGCGCCCAUGUGGAUCGUAGCACCGCCUCAACUGGAACGUUGUCAACCGAUCUAAUUCGCCACUCAUUGGGCUCCGCUGCCAUUAUAUUCUCGCACCGGUGUUAUCACGGUGUGCAGUUCGCUGGAGCCAGCGGGCCGCCCGCGUCAAUAAAGUGAGCCACUCUCGCGGUAGGUCGAUGUGCCAGGUACUACUCACGUGCGUGAGUACAUAAGACUUGUUGGUAUGUGUGUGUGUAUGCGCGUUCACAUCAAAUCAGGCCACCCCCGUCAGGGAGAAGAUCGAACCCCUCACCAAGCGAUUUCCCCUUUAAAGGCGUAACUCCCCCCAUAAGCGAGACACCUGCCAGAAUGGUGAACUACUUCCAUAAGAGGAUUACGACUGGAGUGUAUUCCCCUGGAGUGUUUCUCGUGAGCCUGACAACGCAGGUGCGAUCCAAAUUAAAAGACCAUGGAACUCUGCGCUACCAAUUUUCUUCUCAUGGGCAUUAACUCAAGCUAGAUCUAUAGGCUGGCUUGAAAUCAAUGACUAGAAUGAGGCAAUCUCGGUUUAAAGACUGAAAUUGCGCUAAAUGUCAAAUGCGGAAAGCAGGCGUUCAAUCCUAGUUAUGGCCGGUGAACGUUGGGCUAUUGAUGGAGGGAGACACGGCGGGCCGGCGCCGCUCACGUUGUACUCGCAGGUCGGCGUAAAGAAGCGGAGACAAAAAUCAAACGCCUGUAAGUGCGUCCUGUGCUGUGGCAUGAGGCGAAGAAUAGGCGGGCUCCCUCCUCGUGUCGCCCAAAGUGCCUCUGAUUUGGUCCGGAGAAACAGAUUGGAAAUUAGCGAACCCUGGAGCCAUACUACUUCUGUCGGAAACAAUGUGGCGUGUCCUUGUACUGAACGUUGCACGCGUACAGCUUACUGUGAUUCUAUAGAUGAGUGUCAUCAUAACGUCUACCAUUCCAAUACAACAGGCGAGUGUGGAGCGGGCUCGAGCGAGACAAAUACAACACGUUCCAGGGAACGCCUGCCACUAGUGUAUCUUAGCCAAACAACUACUGCAGCGGGAUCACCAUGCGGAUCACCAAAGCACGUGGGUAAGCGUGAGUUUUUAUUCACAGUGGUGUUUUAUUGGCUCGUGGGUCACGCUCUGUUGAGUUCGAACAGUGUAGUUCAGGGUGCCGCGAUUCCAUCUUCAUCUUAUUUUUCAUCAGCAUCCUCCUCCACGAGCCGCUAUCAACUUGUUUCUCCAGCGCUAAACAACGACACCAUAUUCAUUUUCUUUAACCCAUCGUCCAUCCACGACCUAAAGAUCAACACCCGCCAGUUCGUCUACUUUAACUUCACGCUCUACACCAGACAGAACAGGUUAGGGUUUGCCAAGGGCGCCUACGACUCCCGGUCGAGCACUACCAGAUCUAUACCAGCUUCUUACAACGACCACCACUUAGACUCCUUGGUGACCAUACCAGAAACUGGGGAAUCCACAUUGUCCCCAAUCACCAAAUCAUCCAUCUUCGCUAACAGCAGCAUCUUGCUCAGGUCUUCACUGACAUCUUCUUCAUUCUCACCUACAACAACUUUGACUUCGCUAAAGGAUAACCACGGAAACAGGCCUGUGGAGAGGCUGCCCAAUGCCCCGAGUUACUGGGUCAUGAUAUACUCGGAUGAUGACUCUAUCGCAAGACCAAUGCCCAAUGGCUGGGCUGCGGGCCAUGCCGAUGCCAAAGGAAGCUAUAUUCUAAUGGCUGUAUCCGCUGGACGCCAACACAAUUUCUCUGUAGAGGCUCGUCACAUAGGAAGAGUCACCAUGUCUGUAGCUGUAGUUGGAGAUAAAGGAAUACCUCAGGCUAGCUAUGUCCAAGCCGUUGCUGCCACCCAGUAUCAAGUGACCACAGUCCGAGGGGAAAGGACAGCAGAUAUUGUGUUCAACAGUGCAGCCGCGGCCAUCGCCAUAAUCAUCAGUUUCGGCAUCGGAGCGAUCACAGACCUGGACAGCCUCAAGAGGCAACUCAAGUAUCCAGUGGCACUGAUUAUUGGCUUCUGUUGUCAGUUUAUAAUCAUGCCCGUGUUGGCGUUUGGCAUGGCCAUGCUAUUACCACUUCAGAAGGACAUUAGCUUUGGGCUUUUGUGCGUGGCCUGUGUGCCAGGCGGCGGACUCAGUCACGUAGCGGUCAUCAUAGCGGACGGAGACACUGCCCUCAGCUUGACCAUGAAUUUGAUUACAGUGGUGGCCAUGCUGGGUACAGCGCCCCUCUGGCUGUUUGUACUAGGCCAAUAUUUCCAGACGAACGCAGACGCCGUUCUCAACCCAAGAAUGCUUCCUAUAUAUAACUUCGAGAUUUGGCUGGCAGCCACGUUCUUUGCGUACGCCUUCGGCUUGAUCAUCAAGCGUCUGAGGCCAGCGGUGGCCGACGCUAUUCUGAUGUGGCUGAUCAAGCCGUUCUUACUUCUGGCCAGCAUUCUGUACAUCACUCUGGGAGUAUACAUCAACAUGUACGUUUUUGAGCUAGUCAAUACUUACGCACUGCUGGGAGCUAUGCUGCUCCCCCUGUGCGGCUUCGUAGUCGGCGCCACCAUGGCCGCCAUCUGCCGGCAAAAUCUGGCAUUCGUGAAAACGAUCGCUCUGGAGACGUCCAGUCUCAACUGCCUGGUGGUGAUGGUGGCACUUAGAUUCUCCCUAAAGCAGCCGGAUGCUGACCUCGCCGCCAUGAUACCUAUCUGGGUCAUGUUCACCAUUCCGGGACUUUUCGUCUCCCUGGCCAUCUGCAACAAGGCCAAGGUGGUCGUGGUCCACUACUGGCAGAACAGGAACAACAAAGACAACGAUAUGCAGAACUCUUCAAAGGCGUACUCGGUGAGCUCUUCAGUGGUCAGUCCCCCAGGGACCACCACGCUGUCUGCGCCUCUAGUCACAGCUGACGGUAUGGACGACGACGCUACCAUCAGCACUUUAAGCAACCAAAAAGUCACCGUAUUGUAGAUACAACAGGCAGGACAAACAGCAUUUCAAGUGGUGUUGGAUGAAAACAACGCAAGACAAUGCAAGACUAGUCAGCGCUAGUUACUAUGUGCCAUCAGUUGUGAACUCCAAUUUCAUUUACGGAUACCAAAGUACAAAGCCAUUUUCUUUUUGUUGGAAUUCUAUAAUCUAUGUUAAUAUAUAAUCUGAUUCCCAGCACGGACUCAUCAUGGAGUACAGCAGAUGAAAGGAAAAUGGCUUCAAAUUUGACCAAUACCUCACAUUCUUUUAUUAUAUAACGAAAUAUCUUAUUAUCAUUAGAAAUGUACAUUUCUUCUUUACUUCACACAAAACAGGUCGAAAUGAUAGAUUUGUCUAGUGAUUUAGCAUGUAGAUUUUUUUUUCUAAAUUAUCAAUUAUGCUGAAACUUAUCAGUGCAACUGUAUUUUUAGUUUGUUUUUUUCUUCCUGUUUUCAAUCACUUUUUACAAACUGCACACUCUGUGUCUAAAUAUAGAUUAUGACAACGAGAACACAAUUGAAAGGAACAGCACUUUUUUCUUGCAAUGCUCGUGUCUCCUUUCUGCUAAGGUUUGAGAACAUGUUGAUUUUUUUUAACCGUAAGUCUUGGCCCAGAUGUUACACUAUAUCAAAUGCUAACAUUCAAUGGGGAUGAAAGACCCAGUCACUCAAAUAUUGAUUAUAAAUAAAUAAAAUAGUAGACGUUUGUCGAUUUAAAACAAAAAUGUCCGUGAAAUCUUCAGAUUAAUGUAACUCCAAACUUAGCAGUGACAUGAAAUAUUAACUCCAUACCCUAGUUACCAUUUAUAUAUAUAUGUAUUUAAAGAACAAUUUGUGGGCUGCAUACACCCUAUACUUAGGACUGAAGACACAACAUAACAAACUCUGUAAUAGAAACAGAUUGUUCUGCUAUAGUUAAGACUGAAGACACACACAACAUAAUAAGCUAUGUAAUAGAAACAGAUUGUUCUGCUAUAGUUAAGACUGAAGACACACACAACAUAAUAAGCUAUGUAAUAGAAACAGAUUGUUCUGCUAUAGUUAAGACUGAAGACAUACACAACAUAACAAGCUCUGUAAUAGAAGCAGAUUGUUUCACUAAAACAUCCCAAGCGUGAGUGUUGCCAACACACAAACAAACAAACAACUAUUUUUUCAACGGUCAUACUUCAGAUCAGAUCGUUUUUAAGGUAACCUUCUUAUUGAUUUUGUGGUAAGGAUCUCGAUUACAAAAACGUAACCUAUAUGUUUUUCAAAAAGUAUAGAAAGCUGCCAGGGUUGGGAGACUGUUAAUAAUAAUAGUGGAGGAUAGUGAGUACAGAAAUGGUAUCAAAACAUUUCAUAGUAGCCCUGAAAAAAAAUGUCACUAAAAACUUAGGACUAUUUCAAUUCCAAACAUCGGUUGGUGAAUUCACUAGGAGCUAUUGGACGUGAUGCUCAACGAUAGCUUAUCAUCCCCCCAUAUAACAGGUGACAAAGUGAAUUCAAUUGUAAAAGGAAAUCCUAAUUCUAAUCCCAUAGCACGUUUUUUUUUAAAUAUUUUCAUAAAAAAAGUAUUUUUAAAAAGUUGUUUUUUAAAGACCAUUCUUCCUUUACGAAGCUGAUGGCUUUUUAUUAAGAGCGAUUACUUUGUUCUUAAUAACUAAUGAAUGGGAGAUUUUUAAAAAAAAAAAGGAACACUUUUUACCUCUCCCCAAUUCUCCUCCCCUCCAUUCACCCCUCCCUCCCCGCCCCCCGGUUGUAUAAGAGUACAUACCAUUCUAGUUAGGUGCUACAGAAACAGACAUGGCAACAUGAAAAGAUAGUCAUUUAGACUAGGAUACUGGAUCUAGACAUACGGUAGAGAAGAUUCUAGUUAGGUGAUAGGCCUAUAGAAGAUUCUAGUUAUGCGAUAGACCUAUAGAAGAUUCUAGUUAUGUGAUAGACCUAUAGAAGAUUCUAGUUAGGUGAUAGACCUAUAGAAGAUUCUAGUUAUGUGAUAGACCUAUAGAAGAUUCUAGUUAUGUGAUAGACCUAUAGAAGAUUCUAGUUAUGUGAUAGACCUAUAGAAGAUUCUAGUUAUGUGAUAGACCUAUAGAAGAUUCUAGUUAUGUGAUAGACCUAUAGAAGAUUCUAGUUAUGUGAUAGACCUAUAGAAGAUUCUAGUUAUGUGAUAGACCUAUAGAAGAUUCUAGUUAUGUGAUAGACCUAUAGAAGAUUCUAGUUAUGUGAUAGACCUAUAGAAGAUUCUAGUUAGGUGAUAGACCUAUAGAAGAUUCUAGUUAGGUGAUAGACCUAUAGAAGAUUCUAGUUAUGUGAUAGACCUAUAGAAGAUUCUAGUUAUGUGAUAGACCUAUAGAAGAUUCUCUAAUGAAAACAUAUGGUGAUACCGCUCUGUGUGUGUGUUUAAGAUAUAGAUUGUUUAGACCUGCAGACCAAAUUUAAUUUGAAGAAUAUUAUACUUUGAAAAAUUAUAACCUCAAACCCUGUGUAGUAAUUCUGUUCCCAAAGAUUUACAUAAACUGUCAAAUUUCUAGGAAAAUCGUUAGAGCCGUUUAUGAGAUCAGCUGUUUGUUUUUUCAUCCCAUUAAGAAUUAGCGAGCUGUUAAGAGGAAUUGUAAUAAACUGUAUUGUUUCGUCAUUAGUGGUUUUAUAGCUCACUAUUGAUAGUUUCUAAGAUAAUAAUAGGGAAAAAAAUAAUUUUGCCUUGAGAACUGGUCAAGGAAUGAAAGUAGAAAUUAGUCGAAUUAUCGUUUCAAUGACAAUGAUUGAUCAAAGCUAUCAUUCAAUGUUUCCCUCGACAAGAUAGUAUCUUGUGUUGCUUUCAAUCAGCUAUGGCCAAUGUGAUACAGAGUUUAGAUGUGAUACAGAGUGUGAAUAGAUGUGAUGCAGAAUGUACUGUAAUGAUACAGUGUGUAGAUGUAUAUGAUUCAUUGUGUAGUGGUAACGAUACAGAGUGUAGAUAUUAUGUAAGAACAAACCCCUGACGUUCUCAAAAAGAGAUUCCAGUUCUCGUUAAAAAAACAAAACAAAACAAAAAAACAUAACUGUAUUUAUAAAUUAAGGUGGAAAUCGGGGUGGGAGGAGUCUUGGCGACCUUAUGUUAAAGUAAACAAAGCUCCAUACACAAACAUUUGGAGUUCAAUGAUAACUUGAGUUCAAUAUUUGUGUUAGUCACUAGAGCAGAGGCUUGUGGAUUUGAUCAACUGCAUUCCCCUCCCUCUCUUGCUAAAAGUGAAAGUGUAGUAGUGUAGCCCGAAAUGUCCGCUCAUUACAUUCGAAACAAACUGUACUGGACGACUGACUACUCUGUAAUGAAAACAAAAAAAGGGAGGGCAGGAUGGAGGGAGGGCUGGUUAACCUGAAACCAAAAACAAAAAAAAAAGGAAGCAAGUGAAUGCCAGAUGCCAAUCCAGAAGCACGAUGGUCUACAUUUUAAUUCCAAACAAACGUUUAAGAAUGAUUCCUAAGAAGUUGUUGCGAGCUAUUUUCAACGUGUUUACCUCCCCUUUGAAACCAAUUGAGUGCAGGGCGACCCCAGAAGGGAGUGAUAAUUGUGAGCGUCCUUUACAUACCAAUAAUACAUGGUAAAACUAGAUCUAGAUGAUUAAAGAGAUGGCAUUUUGUAAAAUAAUCUAACAAAUGUGAAUUUAUAAAAUGGUGUCAAUGUCAGCUAACCAUGUUUGAAAUAUGUUUGAAAGCAUAGCACGCAUAGUCAGUUAUAUCUGUAAUGUGAAAUGAUCAAAAUGGCAAUAGACCCUGCAUGGUCUCCUGUACAAGUAUUUCUAGCACUAAGAACAAUGUUACAACAAUGACUUCAUAAUAUGCUGUGCUAGUGAAACUGAAAUAUUGCUGCAAUAAUGAAUGAAAUAAUUAAGAAUAUUUUGCUAAAGAACGUUACAUUCUCAAAUAGAUCAAGGUUUCAGAAAACGUUCAAUUCUCAAAUAGAUCAAAGUUUCCAGAAAAUUUUCAAUUCUCAAAUAGAUCAAAGUUUCCAGAAAAUGUUAUUAUUUUGUUCCCCCCCCCCCCAAAAAAAAGGGGGGGGGGUCCCGAUGUGACGAGUAUUAUUAACUUUUCUUUUAAAAAUGUUUUGAAUCAACACACUAGAUCUAGACAUAUAAAUGAAAAUUAAAUUGACCUACUAUUGUCAUUAAUUGAAUGUCAACAAUAAUUCUCGUAUACUUCAAUAUCAGAAAAGCAAUUAGAUCUGUGAACCAACACAAACUAAUUAGGUUUCUUAAGUAAUGGAACUGUCGUUAGCAAUGCUACAAUGUAACGUAGAUUGACAAAUAGCAAGCAAGUCAACUCACAGAGCAACAAACGCAGAGCGCCUGUUUCGGUUCAAUUAUUGUUUUAUUGUGAAAAGAGUCACCAAAAGGGAACAAGAUGGACGUGUUAUUUUGUUUUGAAUCUCCAUUUUGGUUAGACGCCAAUGUGCGAGACUUUGUUGAUGUUUCUCUUCUUUCUUCUCGAUCAACUGUAUAUGCAACUCCCUUAGAUAGACUACAGUCUCCCAUGUUUGUGUCUAGUGGUCGCCCCCCAAGAACUUUGUGAUACUUGUACAUAGAUUGAGUAGUCCAUUGGUUUGUUAUUUCUUUCACACAAUGUAAAUAAAUUAUAGCCUAGAUAUUUGUUUGUACAUCUUUGUUUUGUUGUCAUGAACUCAAGCCACAAGCAAAUAUAUUCGCUGAUUGGAUAGUAAGAUCGGAAAGAGCUUCGUAUUACUUUUGUUCAUUGUCCAGAGCUGUGUACGUAAAAGACUGGCCACUAUUCCCACCAUUUAUGUUUUAAAAGCAGUGUGUACACUACGUAUAUAUUGAUCUAUUGACAAGUGUAAUCUUAAGAGACUGUCGUCAGAAUCAUAAGCUAAUGGCAGUCGUGAAACUGCCGAGAAAAGUUGCAUGCCAUGAACUGUCAAUCAAUUUCGUAGACUGGUUCAGCAUCGAUCUACAUCAUUUAGCAAUUAUUUUGAUUUAAUUAUUAACAUACGUUCGACACAGGCAGAACACAAUGUGAAUAUAGUCCAUGUGCACUGGCGAGUAACAUAAUUUUACCUAUAUAUAUAUAAUAUCAAAAUUAAGCAACAUUCUGAGACUAGCUUGGAGUGCAUUGUUUCUUGUUUCUACUAUGUGCCAAUGAGAAGCGAAGACAAUGGUUUCGAGGAGCGGGAUACACUCAACUUUGAAGAGUGACAGGCUUCACAUUGCAAGAGAAUGUUGUCACAUCUACAAACACACAUUGAAAACACAAAAUGGAGACAUCAAAAGAACGAGAAACAGAUGAAGGAAGGGAGACAAACCAAACUGAAACCAAAUGUAUUUAGUGCACUGCAACAUUGGGACGCCAACACUUUCGGCAAUGUUAUAAGAUAAGCACGGGGAAGAUUUGGAGGACUUAAAGCAAGGGCAUAAGAAAAUAGCGUAUUUUAAUUGGUCAGUAACAGUCUUUAUGCAAACGACUUUGUCCAGCACUAAGAAACAACAACAUUUGAGAGUUGUUUUUUUUUUCCCCGGGCCUCAGUGUUUAGAGCGUUCCCUUCAAAUGUUUCUUCCCGGGCCUCAAUGUUUAGAGCGUUCCCUUCAAAUGUUUCUUCCCGGGCCUCAAUGUUUAGAGCGUUCCCUUCAAAUGUUUCUUCCCAGGCAUCAGUGUUUAGAGCGUUCCCUUCAAAUGUUUCUUCGCAGGCCUCAAUGUUUAGAGCGUUCCCUUCAAAUGUUUCUUCCCAGCCAUCAGUGUUUAGAGCGUUCCCUUCAAAUGUUUCUUCCCAGGCCUCAGUGUUUAGAGCGUUCCCUUCAAAUGUUUCUUCCCAGGCCUCAGUGUUUAGAACGUUCCCUUCAAAUGUUUCUUCCCGGGCCUCAGUGUUUAGAAUGUUUCUUCCCAGGCCUCAGUGUUUAGAACGUUCCCUUCAAAUGUUUCUUCCCAGGCCUCAGUGUUUAAAAUGUUCCCUUCAAAUGUUUCUUCCCGCCUUGAAGAACUAUAGUGUAAUAACAGAGAGACAAUACAAUGACGUUUACAUUAUGUUAAUUCCUUGUUGUCGCUCCCACAAAACGCAUACUUUGUGAUGUCACCUAGCUAUGAUCAAACUGUUGAGUUUGAAGCUAUUGUCUGAUGGAGAAGAAUCAACGCCUUCUACCUUCGUUAAACAUUUGAAUUGGAAGUCAUUGUUGUUGACACAUUGAUAUGUUAUAUAUUACUUCAUAUUACAAAACGCGUAUUAAUAAGAUGUUUCUAAGAUUCGUGUGUACAUGAUAUUAGAAUUUAAUCCCAUGUACAAAGUUCAUCUUUUGUAAGUGGAGCUCAUGGAUAGACAAUCAAUGAUUGCAUGAUAUCCAGUAUUUGUUAGACACUAUGACUCUAAAAGUUUCAAUAUGUUUGUAUUUUCUAGUCAUAGUUUCUAUUCCUGCACGGUUCACUGAAGAUGACACUAGAAGGUUCAAUGACGAGGCCAUUAGAGGGUUUACUGACGAGGCCACUAGAAGGUUCACUGACGAGGCCACUAGAGGGUUCACUGACGAGGCCACUCAUCCUGUCUUUGUGCUAACAAUUUCUUGUCUUGUCUUUUUUUUUUAUUAUUUAAACAUUGCGAUUCCAACGAAAAUAACGAGACAAAACAAAUGGGGACUUCGCUGAUUAUCUCCCUUGUAUGCAUCUUCCUUUAUAUGUUAGUAAGUUUUUUUAUUGAUAUAAAUCAAACUUUUAGUCUGCUGUGUACUGUAUACAUUUAGUGUGUACUAUGUAUGUUUAGCUUGUAUAAUUAUAAAAUGACUCUACAAACGUUUUCCACUGCUGUACAGAUAAAACAUGCGCUGCACACUGGGAAUGUUUGGUCUCAUCCAAUCGGAUGUUUUCCUGGUUGAGCAGAAGCCACUUCCAAGCAAACUUCGGUUGACAGCCCACUUUGUUUUACUUAUUAUGCAAACACAUAUUUCUUUUCCUUAUUAUCACGUUGUCUACUGAUGGAGAAAUCCAUUGAUUAUUAGAUCACUUCUAAUUGGAGUUUUUUCAUGUAAUUUUUUUUUUAUGAAAACCUUCAAAGAACUUUGUAAAGUGUGUUUAUUUGUAUUGUCUAUUUAACUAUUAAAAGAAAAAUGUGAGUUACAUAAUUUGUUUUAUUAAUCUUCACGACUUUCCAGAGCAAAUUGUUUUUUUUUUUUGUUACUGAUUAAAGACUUACACCAGAAUUGUGACUAAGCACGGGUUUAGUUGACUGUUAGGAAAUUAGCCCAUAUGUCCACAAGUAGUAUAGUUAGCAAUUCUAUGUUAUAACUGAUGAAAUACUAUGUGGCGCUCACAUGGUUACAGUCACUAGUCUAGUUUCUGUUUUUGUAAUGUUUACACAUUUCUUGUUUAAACUACAAGUGACGUCGUGGCUUUCUUUCAACGAUAUUUUUUUCUGUCAUUAGUUGAUUUAGUCUCAAGUGUCAUCCAGAGUUUGGUUUAUUUCUUGUUUAAUGUUGAGUCGAAUGUCAAAUCUUUUUACUGUUUUCUAAGAAUAAACUUUACACAUUGUUUACAGA